GCAUACCGUAAUCUGGAGAUAGUCCCUAACCGCAUACCCGCGUUUGUGUUCCGUGAAAUCGGCCGUGCGUAUCCGCUAAAAGGGCCCACCUAGAUCACGAUAACAGAAUAUUUUGCUUGAAUCUGCUGUCUGGUACCGUCUUAUACUUCCUAAUGGUCUCCAAGUGUGAAUUCUGCCGAAUUUCAGCUUUGGAGGCGGUGUUUUGGACAUUGACCAUCAUUGGCUGGGUGUACACAGUGCUGGCUGCCCAGUGCGUCGCCGGACGCCAGGUGGCGCCUCUGCCAGUGGCUGAGGACCGCGCGUAGAUGCCAUGGGUCGCACACCAGGUGCCAAGAACAAGUGCGUCGGUAGCCCCCGCUCGCCGAAAGCUGGCGAGGGGUCGGCGUCAUACCGGCGCCUGCGGCUGCCUGAGCUGGUCAACAUGUCGUUGACGCCGUACCCGCUCAGCCUCAGCACCGAGAUGGUCAUGGCCAUGAACGCCGAGGCCGGCACCAUACAGGACAAGCUCAAAAUUGUCUCAAAGAGCAUCUCCGACAUAGAAGCUGAGCGAAAGAAAGGUGACCCAAACUUGGAAGCAAUCAAUGCUCUGCAUGACAAAAUACAACAAGAUGGAAAGCUGACGCCCAUGAAUAAGAUGCGUCUCAAGAGCAUGUAUGUGACGGCGCGGGGCGAUGCCGAGCGCGAGGCGGAGCUGAUUCGCAGUGCCUUAGCCACCAUCUACGAGAUCAGGAGCAUCCGCAACGAGCUCCGACUACAGGCCAAGCACUCUGGCAACAAGGAGACCAUCCGACGCGGCGCGCUGAUGAAGAUGCUGCAGAACACGGCGCAGACGCUGCCGCUGUGGAUCGGGUCGCCCGGCGACGAGCCACCCGCACUCUGCGGUGCCGUCCAGGCCGAGCCUAACUACGCUGCCAAGGCGGGCGACAUGGUGGCCGCCCUCGUGCGUGGCAGCGACGGCGAGGAGAACUGGAUCCUGGCCGAGGUCAUCUCCUACAACUCCUCGAGCAACAAGUACGAGGUGGAGGACAUUGACGAGGAGCAGCGGGAGCGCAUGAUCCUGAGCCGGCGGCGUGUCAUCCCGCUGCCGACCAUGCGGGCUAACCCGGACACCCAGCCAGAGGCGCUCUUCCAGGAGACGGCCGUCGUGAACGCCAUCUACCCGCAGACGACCUGUUUCUACAAGGGCGUGGUGAAGACCGCGCCGGCCACCGCCGUGGACGACUACGAGAUCCUGUUCGAAGACUCUUCCUAUACGGAUGGCUUCGCUCCGCCGCUGCGCGUGGCCCAGCGUUACGUCAUAGUCUACAGGGAGAAGAAGAACAAGAAGGAGUGAGGCGGCGGUGUGCGAACAAGGGGCGAUUGGGGCGCGGGGGGGGGGGGUUCGGAACACGAGAAGUUGGUACAAAGGGGAUCUCUGGCACGCAUUACUCUUAAGAAACGAUGCCCUUUGCUUGAUGUGCUGUAGAAUGUGUGUAGGGAGAAAACAAGCAUCUGCCGCGCUUUGCCCCUGGGAAUGAUUUGUGGGAGUCUAGUGGUUUUAUGAGCAUCUCUGUCCAUUUUGGGCUUCAUCCCCAACUCGUGUGCUGAAUUUCAUGUUUUGUCAUAACCCAUGUGCACCAAUACAAUUAUUGUCAGUAUGCGUGCGACGGUGGGUUGUAGAUUUGUCCCGAAAUUUGCAUGCAUAUCAUCCACUAUGGGAGGGGGUACAAACAUAGCUUAAGUGUGGCGUGGUUUUGACCGGUACUUGUACUUAAGAUACACCACCCCCUUCGUAAUGUCAAUGGACCCCAGCUUUCAAGCCCCCAGACGCCUGUAAUUUUGAUGGCCGCACCGUGUGCGCUUUCAUACGUCGUUUUUAAAAGUAUCUGACUCGGUCAAGUUGUGUUCAGUGGGCUCGCUGAGCUCGUGCCGUCAUUGUUUUGAAUUCGUGCUGAGCUCGAGCCGCCAUUGUUUUGAACUCGAUGUCCAUUUUCGAACUGAGUUAAAAUGCGCUCAA